AUGAAUUUUACAAAUUAUUUUUUUAUUAAUUUAAUAUCUAUAUGGGAGAUCCCAAUCAAAGGCUUAAAAAUUAUAAUCCUAAAGAAGAGCCAAUAAACCAUAAUCACCAUAACAUUAAACCCCAAUAUAGCAUUACCAAUUCCUUUUUAGAGAACCAAUAAAUAGAUAUCUAUGAAUGCUUAAUUUGAUUAUAAAAUACUCCUCUCUGAAAAAAUUUAUGGAUUACUUACAAUAUUUUAAACCUCAUAUUAGAAAUCUUAAAAAAGCUGA